AUGGCCAAAAUCGACGAAAUCAAUCGACGACGAAGCACCUACGGAAUCCAGGACCUGGGCGGAGAGCCGGGGAGGCAGAUCGACAACACAGUGGGGGAACGAAGGCGGGUCGUUCUCCAUGCCCCAGAUCCUGACCUUGUCUGUAUGGACGAGGAGAAGAACAGAAUCCUAGAAAAUCUGUUGGACGGGAGCAGGAAAGAAGCGGUCGGUGAUCUCCAUUGUGGGGAUGGGCGGCCUCGGGAAGACCACUAUUGCUAAGAGAGUCUUCAACGAAGCAAGAGCCAAGUUCGGUCACCCGGUGUGGAUCGACGUCUCCCAGCAAUACUCCGCUGUGGAUCUCCUUGGAGACAUUCUUUCGGAGGUCACGAAGCUCAACGUAAAGAAACUCGAGCAAAUGACGAGGGCCGAGUAUGAAGCGAUGCUUUACCAGACCAUGGGGGCGAAGAAAUACUUGAUCGUCAUGGAUGACGUGUGGGAUACCGACGUUUGGAGAAUGCUCAAUCCGCAUCUCCCAGACGCCCAGAACGGAAGCCGGGUGCUCAUCACCAGCCUGUCCGUAGAAGUUGCCAGAUCUGCGGAUACAUGUACCCCUCCCUACGAGCUGCGAUUUCUAACCGAGGAGUAG